GUGAACGCAGCACGGCCAGUAGUCGGCUCUUUGGUUACACGAUGGCGGCCGCGACUCGCGGAGGAGGACAACUUCUAUGUUCCGACCAGGAAACUGCACCGAGGCGACAACAAUAAGUUGGAGACGCGAGCCGGAGCGAGGGAAGCGCAUGACAGCGCCGUUCAGCGGGCAUGCGCCGGGGAUUUUCCGUGUAUCCAAGCAGGGGGCGCUGAAGAAGAAACUCCCCCUCUGUUUUUUAUUUUUCCGCCGACUGUCACUUAGCCGGUUAGCUGUUCAAAGCUAAGGCAGCUCUCACUGAGUCGCUCGUAGCAGAACGACGGGGAUUAGCGCCUUGCGAGGGCGACUAAAAUGGCAUUUCGUUCCCACGUGUUAAGCGAGCUGGUCGUGAAGGGUACGCAGAGAGCCUUCCGGGGCCCGAAGGAUAAGUUUGCGAGCACUCAUUAGCUUAGCCGCCUAGCCGCGUUAGCACUUGACUUGUUCACUACUACUGGCGAGCUCUCCAAUUAGCAUUACCCCCACCCCCUGUAGUUUGCACUGCUAAUCCCGACCAGCGAGUGUCUUAUUUCCCCCCAAAUAUAUCAUUCAAACGGCGGUUACUUAACGGAAGGACGGAAGUGAUUUGACUUCGCUAUCUGGUAAUGAUCUCAAUUCUCUAACUGCGUUCCUCGAAUACCUUUUGCAUGGUGAAUGAAGUUCUAAUAGCAACGUUUUCGUCCCUUACGUCAAUUAUAGUUAUAAAAACGAGUGAAUGUGUGCAGUUGCACUGCAAGAAUAGGCGCCUGGGCGUUCUAUUGACUCAUCCUCGGACAGAUUAUCGAAAGUAAUCAAGAUUACAUUUGUAGUAGUGCAGGAAGCUUCCUUCUCUCCUUGCUUCAAUACUGGUCUAGUUUGAUGGACGUGGGGGGCUGUUUGCCAGACUGUCCCUUCUGUACUCAGUCAUGCAAGUCUUGACACAUGGCAUCUGUCGUUAUGCUUACGGGCAGGCAUCGUUUUUCUACCUGAGUCGUGCACAGCGGACAAUGUUUAUUAGUUAGUGCCUCAGCCCCCCCUAACCACAGAGCCUGUACGCAAGCCCCCGAUACAGUUGAUUAUUCGUCUGGGAGAUUGGAACACCAACUCCUGCCACUCUGGAUCAAGAAAAGCUGUCCCUCGUGUCCGGUUGGAGUAACACCCUCAAGCCAAAAUCAAUGCCUUCACCUCUUGCCGUGUUCGCCUGCCGACCCAACUCGCACCCAUUCCAGGAGAGGCAUGUGUACCUGGAUGAGCCCGUCAAAAUCGGCCGGUCGGUGGCUCGCUGCCGGCCGACGCAGAACAACGCCACCUUCGACUGCAAGGUGCUGUCGAGGAACCACGCCCUGGUCUGGUUUGACCACAAGACUGGCAAGUUCUACCUGCAGGACACUAAAAGCAGCAAUGGGACCUUCAUUAACAGCCAGCGGUUGAGUCGGGGCUCAGAGGAGAGUCCGCCCUGCGAGGUCCUCUCGGGAGACAUCAUCCAGUUUGGUGUGGAUGUCACGGAGAACACACGCAAAGUCACACAUGGCUGCAUUGUGUCAACAAUCAAACUCUUCCUGCCCGAAGGGAUGGAGGCACGCCGACGAAGCGAUGUCAUCCAGGCUCCGCUGCCGCUACCCGUAGACAAGGUUGCAGCCAACACUCCCAGUAUGUAUUCUCAGGAACUGUUUCAGCUCUCCCAGUAUCUACAGGAGGCCUUACACCGAGAGCAGAUGCUGGAGCAGAAGCUCGCCACGCUGCAGCGUGUGCUCACCACUACUCAGGAGGCCUCGGAGAGCAGCUGGCAGGCACUGAUUGAUGAAGACCGUCUGCUGUCCAGACUGGAGGUGAUGGGCACUCAGCUGCAGGCCUACUCUAAGUCCCAGACAGAGGACGGCAUUCGUAAGGAGCUGCUGGCCCUGCAAGAGGACAAACACAACUACGAGACCACGGCCAAGGAGUCUCUGCGGCGGGUCCUGCAGGAAAAGAUCGAGGUGGUCCGGAAGCUGUCAGAGGUGGAGCGCUCGCUCAGCAACACGGAGGACGAGUGCACGCACCUGAAGGAAAUGUCCCAGCGAGGCCAGGAAGAGCUGAGGGAGCUGGCCAGCAAGUACAAUGCGGCCGUCAAUGAGAUCAAAGAGCUCACUGACAAAAUCAAGGCAGCGGAGGGCCGCCAAGAGGAGCUGACUCAGCGGGGGGCGUCGGAGAAAAGGGAGAUGGAGCUGCGCAUCGAGGAGAUGGAGGAGAAGGAACAGGUUCUUCAGGCACGCAUCGAGGCGCUGCAGGCCGACAACGACUUCACCAAUGAGAGGCUCGCUGCCCUGCAGGUGCGCUUAGAGCAGCUUCAGGAGAAAAGCGUUAAGGAAAACAACAGUCUGGAUGAAGAAGAAGCCUCCCCUGCAACGACGGCGCCCGCAGAGGACCGACCGGCCGAGGACGAGCUGAACCAGCGGCCGCCCGAGAGCCGCGAGGAAGAUGAGGAUGAGGACGAGGACGAUGAAGACACGGACACGGACGACGGUGCAGUUGGAGAUGUGGAUGACAACUGUCACGUUAACAACAGUGGAGGAGACACCACUCGAAUCCAACAGUUGAUCGAGUGUCCGCCGGUGAAGCAGCUGAAAGAAGCCGUCAGUUCGUCCAUCCACAAACUGGCCAACUUUGAUGAUGCCCACCUACAGAACAACCAGACAGACGGAGACGACAUGCUCGCCAGCCCGUGUCGACUCAAAAGAAGCCAGAUCGAUGCCAAAGAGUCGGACAUGUCGGAUACGCUGAGUCCUAGCAAAGACCGCAGCAGUGACGAUACGUCAGAUGGCAAUAUGGACGACCAGGAGCUCAACGAACCGCUGAACAGAGUAGCUCUGCUCAAAGCAGAGUUGCAUCGGGCCGGCUUGGAGCCCAGCGACACGGAACAGGUCAUCCACCACCUCCACAGGGAGCUUCUGGAGGCCCAGGAGUUAGCCAACACUGGGAAACAGAAAUGUCUGGAGCUUCAAGCUCUGCUGGAGGAGGAGAGGAAGACUAACUCUCAACAGACUGAGGAGUCGACCAAACAGAUCCAGUACCUGCUGACUCAGCUCGAGAAGCUGCAGGCCGGCAUGGAGGACCUCAACUCCGCCCAGGAGGAGGUAGCUGCCCCUCCGCUUGUGACGGCUCCUCACAAACCAUUUCACGUCUCGCGCGUGUCCUCCCUCCCUCCCUCCCUCCCUCCCUCCCGCCUGUCACAGAUCCUCGUCCUGCGGCAUGCCAUGGAGGCGGCCACGGCGGAGCGGGAGCGCGACAUCGCCGCCCAGCAGGAGGACCUGGGCAGCGCGCGCCGCGAGCUGGAGCGCUGGAGGAGCACGGCCGCCAAGUAUGAAGAGGAGAUCGGCCGGCUGCAGGAGGACUUUGCGCGGCAGCAGCAGCAAGGCGACAACGCAAGUCAGCUGCAGGGGGAAUGCGCCACACUGCAACAGAGGUGCGCGUCUUUGCAGCUGGACUGUGACGGCCUGAAGGAGGAGAAGGCAACGCUCACGGGCAAACUGCACUGCCUGGAGGCCGAACUGUGCAGCACCAGGGCUCAGAGUGUGGUCCUCGGUGGCGUUCUGGAGUCUCUGGAGAAGCGAGAAGAGGUUCUGCAUGGCAAGCUGGGUUCUCUAAAGAACCAGCACCAGCAGGACGAAUGUCUGCUGAAGAGCCAGCUGGACCAGGCCCAGGACCGCACGCACACGCUGCAGAAAGAAUAUGAAGACACGCAGUUGCUGCUGUCGGACCUCCGCCAGCGCUACGAGAAAACGGAGCAGGAGAAGACUAACAUCCACCAGGAGCUGGACCAGUGCAGGAGCAACCUGAAGCUGCUGCAGGACAAGAACAGCUCUCCAUCCAUAGUGCAGCCUGUCCAAGCCAUUUUCAUGGGUCUUGUCCUGGCUCUGCUCUACUGGUGUUUCGGCCAGUUGUGGUAGAAAGGGCGGCUGGAGCCCCUGGAUGCCGGCCAUCGCAGUGAUAGUCGCCGUGACGGCAGCCAUCAUCUACCCCAACCUCUCCAAGAGCAGCUCGGCCUGAAGCACUCGGUCUCACGCACAUGCACGCACAUCCCGUUUAUUGGGGCUUUCUUGUGUGGGCCAGACAAUGUCUCAGUCACAACCCUACAAAAAGCAUACACACACACACACACACACACACACACACACACACACGUAUGUGCGUUGUUUGCGAGGAGUGCGCCACUGCGUCACUUGUAUAAAGUCAAAUUGUACAUAAUUGUAGAGGGAAUAUAAAAGGUUGUGGUUUCUCACAGAUUUAUUUUGUUGAGCGGCGGGAAGUUUAGUUUAUUUUGGGGGUUUUCUCAUUUUUUAAUAAUCUGUGCUCUUUCUCAGUCAUGGUGAUUAUUUUUCCGUUGUUUGUUUUUGUCAAAUUGCCAUGGAGCCAACCGAACUUCCACAUAAAGAAAGGCCAACCGAAGUUCCACACGAAGAAAGCCGCCUUGCGGCCCGAUCGUUUUUUCCCGUUCUGUCUGACUAGAAUAAAUAACUAAAUAACCAUUUGUUCUUUUUUUGUUUUGUUUUGCUUUUAUCUUAAACCCCCAAAUAUUGCAGGAUUUUGGUUGCUGACAAAAAUGCAAACAAGUUUUCAAAAAACAACAAAACGACUUUGUUUCAGAAGAAAAACAAAAAGAAAAACUCAUUGAUUGGCAACAUGGUAACUCGUCCCUUAUUUGUCAGAUUUGAACAUUUUAAACAAAUAUCAUUGCUGUCCAUAAAAAAAAGAAAAAAAAGAACUCGAUUGUAUUUUUAUCCUCAGAAGAGAAAUUUGAGUUCUUUAGUGGAAGCUCGGCUCGGCUCCAAGUUGGCCAUGUUUAAUGACAUCUGAAAUGGCCACCAGUUUUUUCCCCCCAUUAUUGAUUUUUCUUUCCAAGGGAGUGGGAGAGAGGUUUUGAAACUUGAAACCAAAUUAUCAAAUAUGGUAACAAAUGUUUUUUUUUAUGUUAACUUUGAGGGCACACAAAAAGGGGGUCAAAGUGCCUCUAAUGUAACUUAACACAGAAAUGUGUGCACACAACCUCUCGCACGCUCACACAGAUUCCCAGUGCGUCAAUGUUCGUGUUGUGCUGUUUGUGAGCAUUUUCACACUUGAAUCAAUAGCAAGUAAAAAAAAAAAAAAAACUUUCUGUGAACCGCUGUCAACUCUAUCACCUUUAUCAACUUGAUCCAUUUCACAUUGAUGUCACGUUGUCAACUUCAGGGUUUUUUUUUUGUCAACAUUCUAAAACUUUUGUCAGAUAUUCCAAUUGCCAAGUUUGUCAACUUCCCGCCAACUUAAGAUUUGUCUUUUUUGUCAACUUGUCAUGUUUUUCAACUUUCAAGUUUUAGCAACUUCAUGUUCACUCGGUCAACUUUUGUAACUGUGACAUCAAGAUUUCCCAUGUUGCUUGCCAAGUUAACAUUAAGUUUGUCAACUUCAUGUCAACGCCCUGUCAGCUUCCUUUCAAGUUUGUCAACUAUUUGUCAACUUCCGGCCAACUUCGUGUUGACAUUACAAACUUGGUCAUAUUUUGUCAGUUUACAAGUUUGUCAUCC